UCCUUGACCAGUCGGAAACUAGGAGGUGUCGAUUACUCUACUGCCUUACUGCCUCCCGGCAUUAGGGCCUUCAGCUCUUCGUAUGACUGCCUUCAUAUAAAAGUAGGCCAGUUUCGUCUUCAAUCUACCAGUUUUUCCCCAAGAUGCCUAUUACUCUUAAUCCCUCACCCGCCGACACUAGUAAAUUCAAGGUUGCCGCUGUACAAGCCGAACCCGUCUGGUUGGAUCUACAGGGCGGCGUCGAUAAGACCAUCCGCAUUAUCCAAGAAGCUGCGGCCCAGGGCGCGAAGAUCAUAGGAUUUCCUGAGUGUUUUAUUCCCGGCUAUCCGUGGACGCCAUGGGCGAACACUUUUGUCCAAGCUCAGCCCGUGCUCAAGUUGUACCAGGAAAAUUCCCUGGCCCUCCAUUCACCCGAAAUGGACCGCAUUCGGGAGGCGGUUAAAGAAGCCGACGUAAAUGUUGUUCUAGGUUUCUCGGAGCGAGAUGGCUCCUCCUUAUACAUUGCCCAAGCUACCAUCACUCAGGAUGGAAAUAUUGCAAACCAUCGUCGUAAAAUCAAGCCUACACACUACGAGAAGACCGUCUUUGGCGACGGCAGCGCACAGUCCAUUUACAACGUUGUUCAGACACCUUAUGGGCGUGUAGGUUCUCUGAAUUGCUGGGAGCAAAUUCAACCUUGGUUAAAGACCCAUUUCUACGCUCAACACCCACAAAUCUUUGUGGGCGCAUGGUGGCCAGCUUUCCCUGUUUCUUUAGGCGGAUCUCCCUAUAUAGUUUCGGGCGAAGCUUCAAGUCGUAUGACCCAGAACGUUGCGAUGGAAGGGGGUUGUUUUGGACUCGCUUGCUGUCAUGUCGUUAGCGAAGCCGGGGCAGAAAAGAUGAAGCUGACUGGGUUCCCAUGGUUCACCUUUCCGGGCGGUGGUUUUACCACAAUAUACGGGCCAGAUGGGUCUGCGUUGACUGAACCUCUUGACCCAGGGAAAGAAGCCAUUGCAAUCGCUGAGAUCUCCCUGGAUAAGAUCAAUGAAGUAAAGAUCGUAGCAGAUAUCAUGGGCAACUACUCCCGGUUCGAUCUAUUCCACACCGUUGUUGAUGGAAAAAAUUGGGCACCCGCAGAAUACGCACGUAGCGAGGAAGGGAUCGCUGCGGUGAAAAGGCAGGCAGAGAUUGAUAACAUUGGGAACAGCAAUUCUUUCGUUGCUUCAGUAGAUGUGAAAGGAAAAUGAAGCGGCCAUACUUGAUCCUAACAAUAUACAUUAGCAUGUACAUACAUACCUUUGGGCCACGUACAUAUAUGGAUACUUUCAA